AUGCAGUACGCAGAUAGUGGUUUUCUACGACGCCGAGUGAGGAUGAAGACGAUACAGACAGAAGAAGAAGAUCGCGACCCCUUUACUGUUUACCUGCCUGAAGAGUAUAUUGGUGAUCUUGUGGACAGGUUUAUCAUUGACAUGCAAACAGAACGCCUUGUAGAUGUUCUACUCAAUCCAUGUUUAAGGAAAGAGAUUGUCAUAAAAACCUUUAAAGAAAAAGUAGAUUCCCUUGAAAAACUACUUGUCAGAAUAAAAUGGAAAAUAGACAGAUCGGAAUUUCCAAAAGCAUUUGAAGGCGCCGCUGAAUUAGUAAAGUUUGCUGCUAAUGUCAACAACUUUACACCUCAUGGGAGCUGGACUCCAUUAAUAUUAGCUGCUUCAAAUGACGACGAACAUUUGAGAGAGACUGGACUUGGUACGAAUGAGGGAGAGAGACGUAAUAAAACCAUUCUUUGCCUAUUAAACAACGGUGCCGACAUCAAUCUGUGUAAUAAGAAUGGAUCAAGCCCUCUUCAUGGAGCUUGUGAAUUUGGGAAUGAUAGCUCGGUACAACUGUUACUGAACAACGGCUCCGACAUCAAUCUAAGUAACAAGAAUGGAUUCAGUCCUCUUUAUAAAGCUUGUCAAAAUGGACAUGCUA